UUGGGCUUGUGAAGAUGAAAAUUGAAGUGGUGGUUCUACUACGGUCAUGCUGCGAAGUGUCCACUAAAAACUGAAAGCUCCUCUUUCAGAUGUACCUUUAGCAUUGAAAAUCCUAAAUUUUCUCUCUUUUCAUGUUGCUAAAAAUUGCUAAUUCUUCUGCCUCGUCUUCGUCUUCUUCUUCAAGACAUGCAAUUCGAAAGGGAAAAACCCAACACUACCUUUUCUCUCUUCGCAAAACCCCACUUCAAAAUUCUUCCUCGAGUUCCAUUCCCAUAAAUAGUAAGGGUUGCAAAGCUCAUGUGACUCCAACCCAGUUCGAAUAUUACGUGAGGGGUGCGUGUAAAUCAGGUAAAAUAAAGCUCAAUGAUGCGAAGAGAUACUUCGAUAGAUUGGUUCAAGAACAACCCUUUCCGGCAAUCGAUACGUUUAAUCAUGUAUUGGGGUCGGUUUCCAAACUGAAAUACUAUUCAUAUGUGUUUCUUAUGUAUAGGAAGUUGAAUUGUGUUGGUGUUGGGCCUGACUUGUACACUUUGAACAUUUUGAUUAAUUGUUGCAACUUGAAUGUUGUGGAUUAUGGAUUUGGGCUGUUUGGGAAGAUUGCGAAGAGGGAGUUUGAGCCGGAUGUGGUGACAGUCGGUAGUUUGGUAAAGGGUUUGUGUAAUGAUGGUAGGGUUCAUUAUGCGCUACAAAUGUUUGAUAAACUGUGUGAGAAGAGACUUGGAGAGAGUGUGAUCAUAUAUGAGACUCUUAUUGAUGGAUUUUGUAAAAUGCACGAGAUUGGUCGAGCUUUGGAGAUGCAUAGAAGGAUGGUGAAGGCAGAGUGCAAGGUGAAUGUGCUAACUUAUGGCAUGAUCAUCGAUGCUCUUUGCAAAGAUGGGUUGAUUAGUGAAGGGAUGGAAAUGUUCUCAGAGAUGAUCGAUUCGGGCAUUCAUCCAGACGUUGUUGUCUACAGUUCGUUGAUUAAUGGAUUUUGUAGUUUAGGACAAUUUAAAGAAGCUGUGAAGUUGUUUAAUGGAAUGGUCGGUCGCGGUAUUUCUGCUGAUUUAGUCACUUAUAACACUUUAAUUCAUGGUUUUUGCAAGUCAAGUUUGUGGAAAGAAGCCACUAUAAUUUUUACGCAAAUGGUGGGACAAGGAAUUUCUCCCUGCGUAGUGACAUUCACGAUUCUGAUAGAUUGUCUAUGCAAAGAGGGGAAAGUGGCAGAAGCUUGUGGCAUAUUUAAGUUGAUGAUAAAGCAAGGCAAGGAGCCUAAUUUAUACACUUACAGUUCAGUCAUGAGCGGUUUAAGUUUGGUGGGUCGGCUGGAUGAUGCAGAAAAGCUGUUUAACAUGAUGGUGGACAAGGGUCUUAAGCUCGAUGUUGUUAGCUAUAACGUGAUGAUUAGUGGCUAUUGCAAGAGUUGGAAGACCAAUGAAGCUAUUCAGCUCUUUCAAGAAAUGCAAUGCAAGGGAUUGAAACCCACUGCUGUAAGUUACAACACACUUAUAGGAGCACUGUGCCAUGCGGGUAGAGUUAGAACUGCGCAUAAAUUAUUUAAAGAAAUGCAGAGUUCUGGCCCUUCUCCAGUAUUUGCUACGUAUUCUGCUCUAUUGGGUGGACUCUGCAAAAAUGGACAGAUUGAGGAGGCAAUGGAUCUGUUGCAGUCCCUAGAGAGUACCAAAUCUGAAUCUGGUAUUCAAUUUUUUAAUUUACUAAUUGAUGGGACGUGUAAGUUGGAAAAAGUUACUAAAUUGGAAGAAGCGCGGAAAAAGUUGGAGGAAAUCUCAAGCAAGGGCUUGGUUCCUGAUGUUUCUACUUACAACAGUAUGAUAGAUGGCCUAUGCAACAAAGGAAUGUCAUUGGAGGCUUGUGAGUUGCUUAUGCAAAUGGAGGAGAAAGGUUGCUUACCAGACUCCAUUUCGUUCAAUAUCAUGAUUCAGGGUCUUCUUCGAGAAAAAGAGGUCCAGAGAGCGAUGCAGCUCCUUGAGUUAAUGCGAAAGAGGAACUUUUUACCCAAUGAAGCAGUCACAUCGAUGUUGAUACACGUUGCCAUGGAUGAUGAACAAUCUUGUGCAAUGCUCCAGUCACUUCCCUCGUUCUUGGAAACUUAAAGAGUUUCCUCUUAAGCACGACUCUGGUCAAUCUAUGCCUUCCAUUCUUCUUUUACUCCUUUGACAUGUACAGUGGCGUUUAAGCUGGCUUCCUGCUUUUUUGCUUGGUCAAAUUUACACUGUACAUCCCUGAAGAAGUAUCAAAUUCCUAUUCCUUUCUCCGUUC